AUGGACGCAAACGACAAGGUGGUUGCAGAACUGGUGCAAACGCGUAUCAGUGUUUCUCCUGAUCAAUAUAAAGAUGUAUACAAUCAAAAAAUGCACCCUAUCUUGAUGGCACAGCCUGGCAUGAUUGCAACGAUGGCCGGUGUAGUCACUUCAGAGAAUGAUCAAGACUCAACAAAGCAAGCGGACGGUGCUACUGUACUUUCACUGGUCAUUUGGAAAAACGUGGACUCGCAUAUUGGUUUUAUUACGGGCAAAGCAGCAGGUCCUUUCUUCGAAGCAUCGAUGCCUUUAAUGCGUGAUCCACCCUCUGUUGAGCAUUACGAGGUGGACGGCUUGCAACCGUCCGCUUUUCACAGCCACUACGCUCAGGUACUGAAAGCUUCUUCUGCCAACAGCAAAGAACUCUUGGAGAGCGUAUUUCAGCGACACGUAGCUACCGAGGGGGAAAACAAGGUACUGUUUAGCGAUUGCACGGAAGAUGCGUCAAAGAAGGCCUUGGUACUAUUUAGCGACUCAGACCAAUUUGAAGCUACAGCUGGUGUUUUGGAUAAAGGGACGGGAAUCGGGAAGUAUGAUGUUAAAUGGUACUCAAGGGGAACAACAAGCUAUCUUUAA